ACAGUUUUAGCCCUGUCCAGGCAUUAUUUUGGGUCGCGAGCCCAACCAACCAAGGGUCCAGUUCAUCGUAUGUAUGCCCGAAAUGUUGUCAUUCCCUCGCCAUCGCGCCAUUCUAUUCUCUCCUAAUUCCCCCAAAUCUCUUACCCUCAUUGCUUCCUUCGUCCUUCCAUCUUAUAAUAAACAACAAAAGAGUAGUCGCCACAAGAAAGAACAUUCUGUUUUAAGUCCAACACCCAAAAGCCCGUCCAUUUGGUUCACAUCUUCUUCCCCGUUCGCUGGCCUCCUUCUCCUCUGUAAUGGGAUCCCUGUCGCCCCUCGACGAGCCUCUGCCCUACCCAAUUGCUCGCCGUGAUGAAUCUGUUACAGAUAACUAUCAUGGAGUUAACAUUCCUGAUCCUUAUCGAUGGCUUGAGGAUCCCGACUCCGAGGAGACCAAGGAGUUUGUGGAAAAGCAGGUGAAUCUAACGGACUCAGUUCUCAAGACUUGUGAGACAAGAGAAAAGCUAACGGAAAAUAUCACGAAGUUGUACGAUUUUCCAAAAUAUGAAGCUCCUUUUAGGGCAGGAGAUAAGUACUUUUACUUCCACAAUACAGGACUGCAACCCCAAAAAGUCCUUUAUGUGCAGGAUAGCUUGGAUGGAGAACCAGAGGUUUUGCUUGAUCCAAACACACUUAGUGAGGACGGGACAGUUGCACUGAGUAUUUGUUCCAUGAGCGAGGAUGCUAAGUUCUUGGCAUAUGGCAUUAGUUCGAGUGGUAGUGAUUGGGUGACUAUCAAAGUUAUGCGAGUUGAUGAUAAGAGCGUCGAGCCUUAUGUAUUGUCGUGGGUUAAGUUUUCUGAUGCUAGCUGGACCCAUGAUAGCAAAGGUUUUUUCUACAGCCGUUAUCCAGCACCCAAGGAUGGAGAAAGUUUGGAUGCUGGUACAGAGACACAUUCCAAUUUAUACCAUGAAGUCUAUUAUCAUCACUUGGGUACUGAUCAGUCCGAUGAUAUCUUGUGCUGGAAAGAUCCUGAAAAUCCAAAGUGUACACGUUCAGCUUCGGUGACAGAAGAUGGAAAGUAUGUUCUCUUGUAUACUUAUGAGAACUGUGAUCCAGUCAACCAAGUUUAUUACUGUGAUUUAUCUGCACUUCCUGAUGAGAUUGAAGGUUAUAAAGGGAGAGAUGAACUGCUCCCCUUUAUCAAGCUUGUUGAUAACUUUGACGCCUCUUAUGACUAUGUUGCAAAUGAUGACACUGCUUUCACUUUUCGGACCAAUAAGGAUGCUCCCAAGUAUAAGUUAGUCAGAGUAGAUCUGAAAGAGCCUUAUUCUUGGUCUGAUAUCAUCCAGGAGGAUGAAAAGGAUGUGCUUGAAUCAGCUGUUGCUGUCAAUAACAAUCAACUUGUUGUGAGUUAUCUGAGUGAUGUGAAAAAUGUUUUGCAAUUGAGAGAUCUGAAAGCAGGAGCACUGCUUCAUCAUUUACCCAUUGAUAUUGGCACAGUGUCUGGAAUUUCUGCUCGCCGCAAAGACGACACUAUUUUUAUUGGAUUUACAAACUUCCUAAUCCCUGGAAUUAUAUAUGAGUGUAAUCUCAAAGCAGAGGUUCCAAAUCUGAAAGUAUAUCGAGAAACUGUUGUCCCUGGCUUUGAUCAUACUGAUUUUCAAGUUAAUCAGGUUUUUGUGCCCAGUAAGGAUGGUGUCAAGAUCCCUAUGUUCAUAGUGGCUGGAAAGGACAUUUCCUUGGAUGGAUCACACCCUUGUUUAUUAUAUGGAUAUGGAGGAUUCAAUAUUAGUAUUACUCCGUACUUCUCUGUUGGCCCUGUUGUGAUUGCGAAGCAUUUAGGUGUUGUAUUCUGCAUUGCAAAUAUCCGUGGUGGUGGGGAAUAUGGAGAAGAUUGGCAUAAAGCUGGCUCCCUUUCCAAAAAGCAAAAUUGCUUUGAUGACUUCAUUUCUGCUGCUGAGUAUCUUGUGGAAGCUGGUUACACUCGGCCCAAAAAGUUGUGUAUUGAAGGUGGAAGCAAUGGUGGGCUUCUUGUUGGAGCCUGUAUCAAUCAGAGGCCUGAUCUCUUUGGCUGUGCUCUUGCACACGUUGGUGUUAUGGAUAUGCUUAGGUUUCACAAGUUCACCAUAGGUCAUGCCUGGACCUCUGAUUAUGGCUGCUCAGAGAAGGAGGAACAGUUUCAGUGGCUAAUCAAGUACUCACCACUUCACAAUGUCAGAAGGCCAUGGGAACAAUCUACCAAUCAAGAAUCUCAGUAUCCCUCCACUAUGCUGUUGACAGCAGAUCAUGAUGAUCGAGUGGUGCCUCUGCACUCUUUGAAAUUAUUGGCGACCAUGCAAUAUGUCCUAUGUGCAAGCUUGGAGAAGAGUCCCCAGACCAAUCCCAUCAUUGGUCGGAUCGAAUGCAAGGCUGGUCAUGGAGCUGGACGACCAACACAAAAAGUGAUUGAUGAAGCCGCAGACAGAUAUGCGUUCAUGGCUAAGGUUUUGGGUGCAUCUUGGGUCCAGUAGAUGAAGUUGAUGCAGGGCAUUAGUAAAGCAUAUAUUAAGAACACUGUCAAGGGUGAAUUUACAUCUUAUGUUAAGGUCCAAAUUUGUGCUGCAAAUUCUAAAUCAAGUAUCUAUCGGUUCCCACUUCAGAGUUGUCAGAAACGCAUUAAUCAGCCUCUCAUCAUUGAUAAUCUCUUGGGAUUCCUAUGAUGUGAAGUUAAGGUGCACAAAAAGCUUAACAACAUGAACAAUAUUUUGGUUUCGACAACAUUAUUGUGCACUUUUUGAAGCUCAUAGGUACCCUCAUAUAGGAUUGUGAUACAUUGCAUCUUAAUUCAUGCUGCCCCCUCCCUUCAACCCCCAACAACCAUGCUAUUUUUGCUCCUCGUGCAUUCUUUUCCAGUAUGAAAAUGGUAUACAUUAUGACGGAUUUCUUGAUGAAUAUCAUAUAUUUUCACUGAUUCUGAGAAAACUCAUGUAAAGCUUAUGGUAUUUGUUUUAGUUUCAACUACAGAAAAUAUUCUUAUCAACUCC